AUGUCAUUCCACAGCUUGGACAAACCUGAAGCUGAAAUAGUUAACCGCUCAGAUAGUGAUUCAAGAAAUGGAGUUCUCACUAACAAUCAAGAAGAAGACGAUUGGUCUGAUAUUGAUGAAAAGAAAGUACUAAGAAAAAUUGAUCGCAAUUUGUUACCUUUAAUUUCAGUUUUAUACCUAUUGGCUUAUUUAGAUCGUGGUAACAUUGGUAAUGCUAAAAUUGAAGGAUUAGUUGAAGAUUUAGGAUUAUCAACAAAUGAAUAUAACCUGUGUUUAACAAUCUUUUUCUUAACUUAUUCAUUCUUUGAAGUUCCUUCAAACAUGAUCUUAAAGAAAAUUGGAGCUCAAUCAGUUUAUAUCCCUUCAAUCAUGUUAGGAUGGGGGAUAGUUAUGGUUUGUAUGGGUGUUGUCAAAGAUUUUAAAGGGUUGUUUGUUACAAGAUUAUUCUUGGGGGUCUUCGAAAGUGGACUUUUCCCAGGAGUGGCGUAUUGUCUAACACUUUACUAUUGUAAAGGUGAGAUGCAAUACAGACAAGCGUUGUUUUAUAGUGCGGCCUCAAUUGCUGGUGCUUUUAGUGGAUUGUUAGCUUUUGCAAUUGCAAAGAUGGAUGGUGUAGGAGGUUAUAGAGGCUGGCGUUGGAUUUUCAUCUUGGAAGGUUUGUUAACUGUUGUUGUUGCCGUUUCAGCGUAUUUCUUAAUGCCUGAUUAUCCAGAUACAGCAAAGUUUUUAACACCAAGGGAACGUGAAUUUGUUCAAUGGAGACUUGAUCAUGAUAAUAACUUUAAAAAAAAUCAAGUUUCUCUUGAGAAUACAGAAAAAGUCCAAAGAGCUGAACCAAAUUUUGAAGGGUUUAAUGAUUCAAAUGAUGUAUCAUUGAAGACUGCUUUGUUCCUAGUUUUCAAAGAUUGGCAGAUCCUACUACAUGUUCUUUUAUACUGGGGGAUCUCUGUUCCAACUUAUGGUGUUUCAUUAUUUCUUCCAAGUGUUAUUAAAGGUUUAGGAUACACUAGUUCAAUUGCACAAUUAUUAACAAUUCCAAUCUAUGUUACUGCAUCUAUUUGCUCUUUGAUUCAAGCUUACUUUUCUGAUAAAGCUGGUAUCAGAUCUAUUUUUAUAGGUACCAAUUUAUUCUUUGUUAUGAUUGGUUUUGCAAUGGCAAUUGCAGGAACAGAUAGAGAUGUCCCUGGUGUAAUUUAUGCUGGUUGUUUUAUUGCAACAAUACCAUUAUAUAUGGCCUUCCCAGGGAUCAUUGCCUGGAACUCAAACAACUUAUCCAACGCAAAGAAAAGAGCAGUUGGUAUGGCAUUACAUAUUGGUUUAGGAAAUUUGGGUGGUGCUUUUGCUUCAAACUUUUAUAAGCCAGAUAAUUAUAUUAUGGGCCAUGGUUUGGUUAUGGGAUUUGCUACGAUGGGACUCUUGUCUUGUGGGUUAUUAGUUGCAGGUUACAAAGCUUCCAAUAAAAAAAGAGAAGAAAGGUUGAUUGAAGGUAAAUAUGAUGAAGUUAGUGAUGAAGAAAUCUUUAGAAUGGGUGAUAAAUCUCCUUACUUUAGAUACAGAAUUUGA